AUGAGAUUCUCUUCGAUAACAGCGGCGCUGGCGCUGCUCCUGGCUGGCGCUUCCGCUCUUGACAAGCCUUUGAACAUCGAGGUCACUCACAAAGUCGAGUGCGAGAGGCAGACCAAGAGAGGCGACAAAGUCGAUGUCCACUACAGGGGUACUCUCGAAUCUGACGGCAGUGAAUUCGACGCUUCGUACAACCGAGGCACUCCACUUUCCUUCCAUGUCGGCAAAGGGCAAGUCAUCAAGGGUUGGGACGAGGGUCUGCUAGACAUGUGUCCUGGCGAGAAGAGGAAGCUUACGAUCCAGCCUGACUGGGGAUACGGCUCGAGAGGCAUGGGUCCCAUUCCUGCGAACAGUGUGUUGAUCUUCGAGACGGAGCUUGUCAGCAUUGCGGGUGUGAAGAAGGAUGAGUUGUAG